CGCUCAAGAUCAUUGUUCGGGGACAUCGGGGAACCGGGCUUUAAUCACUUUGAUCCCAAGGGACGCCAAAUGCCCAAAGUACUUCGACUUCUGAGUAUCUCGACACCGCUUUACGAGGAAACUGCUCCUCCAAAAUAGAGACCUCUGAGAAGGAUUUUGAGGAAAUAUAGUCGAUAACUGCGUGCACUAUCAACAAUGGUAAACAGUUAACUUGCUUUGAGCCUAGCAGUGAAAAUAUAGCAGCCGUGUGUGUGUAGCCGCGACGUCACCACCACUACCACCAUCACUUGGGAAUACCGAAAUUGGUUAAGCCGGCACUCCUUUUGCAGGUAUUCCUUUCAUGCUUUAUUAAUACUGUUGUCAUUUGCAGUGGUAUAGCCCAAACUCCAAUUAGAAAUGAAAACAUACCGGGGCUAGUAAAGGUUUUUUAUCAUCUCCACAAUACAGUAGAGAGCAGAUCUGCAGAGACAUCCGUCUCGGUAAUGAGCCCCCUUGCGGACCCUCCAAUGACUCUCGCCCUGCUUGAAAGCAAUAAACAGUCUUAAAGAAGCUCCUCCUCUCAGCUUCAUUGCUAUGAUUCCAUUUUUUGCCUUUAUUUGAAAAGGAAACAUAAGGCACGACGGCGCUCUUCCAGCCGCGAGCCAUCUUUUCCUUUUUGGUGGGGUCUCGACUGAGGCUCCAGACAGCAGCGAGCUAAGUCGGAUUUCUCUUUUGACUCCCACUCUUCUCUGCUGGCUGCUGUUUCUACUGCGGGUGAAUUUUCCUUCUCUUUCUUCGGCAAGCGAAUCCCUGGCUAGGGCAGGAGCUGCCAUGCCCUUUGGUUGUCUGACGCUCGGGGAAAAGAAGGAUUACAACAAUCCCGCUGAAGUCACCGACAAAUAUGACCUGGGACAAGUCGUUAAGUCAGAGGAGUUUUGCGAGAUAUUCCGGGCGAAGGACAGGAACACAUUGAAAAUGUACACCUGCAAAAAGUUCAACAAAAAAGAUGGCAGGAACGUGAGGAAAGCGGCCAAGAACGAAAUCAUGAUCCUAAAGAUGAUUAAACAUCAUAAUAUCCUCCAGAUGGUGGAUGCCUUUGAAACAAAGAAAGAGUACUUUAUCUUUCUGGAACUAGCAACAGGCAGGGAGGUGUUCGACUGGAUCUUAGAUCAAGGCUACUACUCGGAGAGGGACACCAGCAAUGUGAUGAGGCAGGUGCUGGAGGCCGUGGCGUACCUGCACUCGCAAAAUAUCAUCCACAGAAAUCUAAAGCUGGAGAACUUAGUGUACUUCAAUCGCUUGAAACACUCCAAAAUUGUUAUCAGUGACUUCCAGCUGGCAAAACUGGAAAACAGACUCAUUAAGGAUCCGUGCGGCACUCCGGAGUACCUUGCUCCUGAGGUUGUCGGGAGGCAGAGAUAUGGAAGACCUGUGGAUUGCUGGGCAAUUGGUGUUAUCAUGUACAUACUUUUGUCUGGGAACCCUCCUUUUUACGACGACUCCGACGAAGAUGACCCCGACAGCCGGGACAAGAACCUCUUUCUCAAAAUUUUGUCAGCGGACUACGAAUUUGACUCUCCGUACUGGGAUGACAUUUCAGAUUCCGCCAAAACCUUAGUGGCUUCUUUGAUGGAGGUGGACCAAGACCAGAGACUGACAGCGCAGGAGGCUAUUGCCCAUGAAUGGAUUUCUGGGAACGCAGCCUCAGAUAAGAACAUCAAAGAUGGAGUUUGUGCACAAAUAGAAAAGAACUUUGCAAAAGCCAAGUGGAAGAAAGCUGUCAGAGUCACCACUCUCAUGAAGAGGCUCCGGGCAUCCGAGCAGGGCGAGUCGGGAGCUUCCGGAUCCGACGUCGGAGCGCCCGGCGCAGCCGUCGCUCCGGCGGGCGGCGGCCUUGGCCUUGCCGCCAACCUCAAGGCGGCUCUUCGGGCAAACGCUUCCGACACACAGACUCCAGCCGCCCCCGCGGACCCUCAGCCGAGUACAGCCAGAGCAGAGGACAAGUCGGAUCAAAGGUGCAAUGGUGACGUUCUCUAAAGAAAAGAACAAACAAGAAGAUUCAUCAUGAAUAACAAGCACAUUAGCGGUUGCCAUAACCAUGCGGUGUUUAUAUUGUCCGACUAUAUGCUGAUUUAUCCCGUUAUGUAUUUCACAUCAUUUUUUCCAUCUGUACUGAUUGUUCUGUAGAUUCCACCACUCUCGUGUUACUUUGUGUGCAGUUCCCUUUAAUAAAAAAAAAAAGAAAAAGAAAAUACAUGUACUGUAGUUCAAAGUAGCUCCAGUUUUGUGCCCCCCCCCCCCCUUCCCCCAACUAACUGUACAAAGGCGAAGUGUCAUUUAGUGUAGAAUCUGUGACAUCAACUGACUGUAUGGACGCUAUAUGUAAAUAGUCUGCAUUUGUUUCAAAACAAUGGCUUGUGGUAAACUACAGAUUUUAGUUCGUGGAGGUUUUCGUUUAAAAAAAAAAAAAAAAAGAAAAGCACUAAUUUCCCAUGUGAACCUAACGCAGACAUGAGAAAGAUCGUAAGAAUUUGUCGUUCAUUUUAACCCUCCAAAUAUGUCGCGUUUCAAGUUGCCCCGUUCAAAAAGAAACAAACGAACGUAGAAACAAGCAUGAUACAGCGUAUUUGCCCA